GAAUCUCUUCCUGUUACUCUAAAGCCAUUCUUUUUUCUCUCCAUUCAUCUUUCUCCCACAAGACUCACUUCUAUAAAUGGCAGAAGCCUCCAUUUCCUUCUUCCUCAACACCAACACACAAUUCAAACCUGAAAACUAUAACUAUCUUCUCCAUUUUCACCUCAAACCAUGUCCCUGAGUACCCACCGGCGCCCUCGUGUUACCGUCAACGGUAUCCGAAGAAUGAGAACUUUUCAUUACUUCUGGUGCCAAACUUGCCGAAGAACCUUGAGGUUCUCCUCCAUACAACACCCACAUGAAAACUUCUGUCCUCAUUGCUUUAAUGUGCUAAAUCAUGAGCUUGACAUAUCAAGGCCAAGGCUCGUCCCUGACGUCGCCGAACUUGAACCCUUUCCAGCGUCAGGGCUGUUGGACUCGUUAGCACAAAUGCUUCAUCCUCAAACACGGCGAGAAUAUCUUGAAUUUGGUAGAAGAAUUCGUUGGGAAUCUGAAGGUGCCAAUGGCCCUUGGAUUACCCUUCAGUUUCUUGAACCUCCUCGACCGGAGAGACUACCCAUGGCUGCUCCGCCGCAGCAACUGGUGGUUCCUGAAGACGAGAAUUUUGUUAAUGCAGAUAACCUGUUUGUUUCGAGGACGACUGAUAUUGACAGGCCAGGGCCUCCUCCUGCGCCAGCUUCAGCUAUUGAAACACUGCCAACAGUGAUCAUUACCCAAGAGAAUCUGACGAAAGACACGCAUUGUCCAGUCUGCAAGGAUGAAUUUGAGGUUGAUAUGGAGGUGAAGGAGCUUCCCUGCAAGCAUUUGUACCAUUCUGAUUGCAUUGUUCCUUGGUUGAAUCUACACAAUUCUUGCCCAGUUUGUCGACACCCAGUGUCUGAUGAUCUCGAGGAUUAUCUCCAGCAAGAAAAUGGCCAAGCCUUUGGCUUUGAAGAGGUGAUGAACACCAUGAAUUGGGUGAGAAACCAGUUCGUUACUCUAUGGCCUGUGCGUGCAUUUUCAGAUUGGACUCAGAGAUAUCUUGAGUUCUUGGAUAACAGAGCUGCAUCUUCUAGGGGAGAAACUUCCUGGUGGCGUGCUUUCUUUUUUUUAUGACUCUGCAUUUCAAUCACUCUUCCCGCUGGAGAAGCUGUACAGACUGUAGCCUUACAAUUGAAACGAUUCUUAACUAGGCAGGUAUAUCUAAUUUAUUCUAAAAUAUUCAAGAUUGCAAAGAUGAAAAGGUAUUGAAGCUUAACAGGUAUGCUUGCUAAUUCAGUUUUCAGUUUUUUGUCCUUAAUUUGCAUUAGCUUUACUUAAUCAAACUUCUCUUGAAUCUCACUUAGCAGGUACUAAAAUUAGAUUGACCACAGUAUGUUUCAGGGCUGAAACUGGAUCGAAACUUCACGGUUCUGAAUGAGGCCAAAACUGUUUCCUCCCCUUAAACCGGACCAGAAGGUUUUGGUCUGAUUUGAACCAACAUCUCCUCUUUCUGAAAAAAGAGAAAAUUUAGAGCGACUCAAACUGAAACCGGCCGAACCCUGCAUUCCGGUUUAGGAUCCUCAGUUUCACAAACCUGAAAUUGCUGGUUCCGACUCCAAACUAAACUGGACCUGAACCAUACCUUGACUAGCUAAAAUGACAAAAUUGAAAAGGAAAAGAAAAUGCUCUAUAUUGGUUUCUGCAGAAUUCAGGAUUCACUUUUCUGGAAUGCAGACCGAUGCUCAACUAAUCCAUGAAAAUUAGUAAAUGUAAUAAUUUGUUGAGAACUUGCCACUUUGGGUCCAAUUCUAUACAAGACCAAUUUAGUUUAACAGCCAGCUUCAAAUCCGAGAAAUUUAGGAAUGUUCAUGGGUUGAGGUUUUGUUAAACAGCCAGCUUUAAAUAUCUUAUUAAUAUCUCUAUAUAUAAAUUUAUUAAUAUAUUUUAUUUUUUAAAUAAAAUUAAACAAUAAAAAAUAAAUUAUUUUAAUAAAAAAUAUUUAAAAAAUAUUUUUCAGAUGAAAUUAUUUUGGACAAAUAAAUGGAUGGAGCCUUAAUUUUUGAAUUUCUUACCUUAAUUAUUUUAUUGGACAAAUAAAGAUUCGCAAUAAGCUUGCCAAAUCCGU